AUGUGUAUGUACUGAAUGUAGACACAUGGACGCUCAGUCUGGAUGAUAUUUUCAUGAUGGCUGUGAAUAUAGAGCGGUUUGUCAGUGAGGGUAAAGGAAAUGGUGUGCGUGCUCUGCUUAGCAUAAAACCCGGCGAAGUGAUCUAUUCAUGCGAGCCGUUUGCAUUCUGCAUAGCCAAAGAUUUCUUAAAAACCACCUGCCAAAGUUGUUUUAAGAGAGGCGAAAGUCUAUCGAGAUGUUCUCAAUGUAAGACGGCACGGUACUGCAGCGUUCAGUGUCAGAAACAAGCAUGGCUCGAUCACAAGAGAGAAUGUAAAUGCCUCCAGCGCCUCCAGCCAAGAAUCCCCACCGACUCGGUCCGCCUGGUUGCUAGGAUCAUUUUCAAACUGCUCAGCCAAUCAAAAAGUGACCAAGAGGAGCUGUACUCGAUAGCCGAACACCAGUCACAUCUAGACGUCAUGAGCGAGGAGAAGAAGGAAGGCCUGAGGCAUCUCUGCACGACACUGCAGGUUUAUCUUGGCGAAGAGAACUGCAAUCUUUCUGAGCUUCCGUCCGGCCUUGACCCCAUCAGCCUCCUCGCCAGAGUGACCUGCAACUGUUUCAGCAUCAGUGAUGGAGAGCUGCAGGAUUUGGGGGUGGGGCUUUACCCCAGCAUGUCUCUGCUGAACCACGACUGCCGCCCCAACUGUGUCAUGAUCUUCGAGGGCAAGAGACUCACGCUGCGAGCUGUUAAGGUCAUCAGACCCUGUGAGGAGCUAACCAUAAGCUACACCGAUGUCCUCGCACCCAGCGAAGAGAGACGUUCCCGAUUACAGGAGCAAUACCACUUCUUGUGUCAGUGUGCUCGCUGUACCGCUGAGGACAAGGACUGUGACAUGCUGGCUGGAGAGACGACGGCGUGGACAUCCUUAAGAGACGCCCUCCCUCACCUGGAGCAACUUCAGUCUGAGCAGCACUGGGAGGAGUUGUUGAAAGAGAGUCAAGCUCUUUUGCUCAGAUAUGCAGAUGUCAUCCCGGACAGGAAUAUCUAUGUGCUCAGGCUGCUGGAUCUGGCCAUGGAUGCUUGCAUCAGUCUGGAUCACUACGAGACGGCACUGGAGUACGGCAAUAGGGCUCUGGGUCCUUACAAAUUGUACUUCUCCGACCCUCAUCCGUCCCGUGCGGUGGAGCUGCUGCGUGUGGGGAAGCUGCAGCACUACCUGGGCCGACUGAAGGAGGCUCACGGGAGCUUCACACAGGCCUAUGACAUCAUGAAGGUGACCCACGGGACAGAGCAUGCCCUGACUAAUGAAGUGAGUAGAAAACUGGGCGAGUGCCAGGCCGAGCUGGGUGAAGUCUAGACUGAACUCCUGCAUCAUCAUAUGGAGACUGACUCUGACGCGCUGGCUGUCAAUCAACCCGCCGCUGGAUUCGCUCUCAAAUGGAAAGUUUCAGGAUGCUCAUGUCUGCCACCUGUUUUUGUGCCCCUGUGUAUCAAACCAGCUGGCUUAGAAUUCAACGGGGGGGGGAAGAAUAUUUCUUUUCUGCUUCUUCUACUCUGCUUGCCAAAGGGGAAAAAGCGUCAUUACUGACAUGCUUUUUCAUUCCUUUCCCAUAUUAUUUUGAUUUGUUCCACCGCUGUCCCCCCCCCAGUAUCUGUUUACUUUUAACACACAAUCCAAAGUAUAGUCUACUACCCUCCAUAUUUUCAAUAGAAAAUCCCACUUCUAGGUAUUUAGACCCCAAAUGAAUGGUUGCAACAGGAACAAUAUUGCUAAAUCUAAAUAAUAAAUUUAAAGAAAGUGUCAACUUUCAAAUGUGCAGAUAGAUAGAUAAAUGUGCAGUAUAUGCAUCUAUUGCAAAAUCUGAACAAUUUGGUUCACUCCAUUUUUGAUUUGUUCAGUAGCAACAUGUUUUUAGUUUCUCAAAAAUAUAAGUUAGAUAUCAUAUUAGUAUAUAAAUGCAUCUGAUUGAGUGUUCAGUGAAUUGUCACAUUAUGUUCCAUGUUGUUCUGGUCACUUUGCAUAAAAUUUGAAUAAAAUGAUUAAAAUAA